UUUUUUGAGGCCAUAGCGUUGGAUUUUUUGGUUCCUGAACUGAGCGCUGCGAAAUGACGAAAGUAACUGAGCAAUUUGUUAGCGGCGGCCAAGAUGUCAGCAAAUCUUUUUCGGAAUUCACUGUUGUGGCCAAAGGAUUUGUUCGUCAGGACUCAAUACACGAUUUUGUGGCCAGCCAUUCGGAGGGAGAGUUUAUAGCUCUAAGUGGCUCUAAAUCGGACAUUGUCACCUUGGAGUUGACAAGCAAAUUCGAGGUAGUGGACUCAUUUCCCUAUAUAGUGGCUAAUCUGGAGCUAGAUGUUUUGGAGCCACGGCCCUUAGACGUCUUGGCCAACCAAGUGAACUUGGAAGCUGUUUACGACAGCUGUAAUAUCCUGGAGGCACAACAUUUGGCCCUGGACCCAGUUUACACAGCGGUGUGCUCCGUUUCUGUGCCUGAGACCAGAUUAAUAUCCGUCAAAAGGGCACCCAAGUUGCUUCCAAAUGGCAACCUCCUUCUGGGAUCCCUCAACUCCUACGGAUCCCUCAGCUUGAUGACCAAACCCGCUGAAAGCAAUCGCUGGAGUCGACUGGAAGGUCUAAAUGUGUCUGUUACCCUAAGGGACACUCUUUUGCCCAAAACGGACGUCUCAGAAAUAACAAACUUCAAGAAGUAUCAGGCGUUUAUUAAUCCCCCCUGGAUCACAAUGUUUGCUUGGUUGCCAGAUGACUCGGAAUCGAUUGGCCAACAUGUUUUGAUUUUGGGAACUGCCUCUGGAAGUUUGUGGAAGCUCACUAUUAGCCCCGAUUUCCAAACUCUCUUAAGCCACCAACAAAUGAAGACUUCGCUCGGGCGCAUUUGUUAUAUUCAUGCUUUCAAGAACCUCCUGCUCGUCGGCGAUAUCGAUGGACUCAUUCACCUGUACACUAUUUCCACGGAUGAGGAGUCCAGUUUAAUCUUAACGAAAGCUUUGUGGGGGAAAGCGGAUCGCAUGGGUCUGCAAAUGGGUUUGAUUACCGAAUGCCCCGACAACAAUUGCUGCUACAUUACAUGCUGCAAGGCCGCGCAUUUGCUGACCUGGAGCAUGCCACGAUCUGGAGAUAAGGAGUGGCUAGAAUCGCGUCUGUACGUCGGCGGGAUGAAGAUCACCGGACUCUGCAGCCUAGACAAAAACUGGUACGCAGUGGGGACCCUCAGCAGCCAUUUGCAGCGGGUGCAAAUCACCCACGAAGGAAACCAACUCACCCUGCAAAUGGAUUCCAUACCAAUGGAUGUGCUGAGGGACUUCUCGGUGAUGGGACUUUGCAUCAGCAGACACAAGAACCUAAUGACCAUGUUGCUCUACCGCAACAAGGAAUAUAUGAAUCAAACUGUGGACCAAAGGAAACAGUUGGUCAUCCAAGUAGUGAAAGUUGGGGAUCAAAAUGCCCUUCCUCAGCUUGCGAACCGCCUGAAACUCAGCCAGCCCAUUACUACCUACACCGAUUUAUUAGCGGAGGUCAAGCUUCACAUAUUUGCCGAGGAAAAUUGGGAGAAAUAUACGGGCUUCAGUCCACUAGACUCCUUCAAAUUUAAUGAGGCCGCCACGGAAUCGCAGCUUCAGCAGCUGCAACUUAAAUUUCAUGUCCUGCAAUCCGUUCUCUGUGUGCAAUCAAGUCACCUCCACCUGACUGUGCAUGUAAAGAAGACCCAGGAUGAAAUGCAGCUGCUCCUGGCCAUGAUAUCCAUCACACACAUGAGGCUGAGACUCCAGUUUGUUGGGUCCCUGGGUCAACGAUCACCAUUCCAGGAGCAGGCGAGCAAGUGCCUGUUCGAGGAGGCUCAACGGGUCUUAAACAAACUGAAGGCUGACUUUACAGAGGAGCACCCUCUGAACUCCACUACAAAAGCCUUUGUUCAAGAAUGCGAAACACAUUUUCAGGCCUUACAUAUAAACCAUGGAAAUAUUGAAAUAUGUAAUUCGUCAGAACAAGAAGAUAAAAAGCUGCGUUGCUGCAUAUCCUUUGUGGAGAUCUCCCCCAGCUUGGAGCGACGCUACUGCAGCCUCUGCGAACGCCCGAUCCUUUUUGAGCUGGAGAGCCUGCAGGAGCUCUACGAACCCGGAGGAAAGCCAACCUGUCCCAUUUGCCGUGGAAGCUUCGCUGUGGAAAUGUUUACUGCAUAAACGUGAAAUUUAUUUUCAACCUAAA